CAUUUCCGGCCACACAGUAACGAUGACGUCUAUGACAUUCGGGCAGAAAAAGUUCAUUCCAACUGCACCGGAAAAGGGAAGUUUCCCGCUAGAUCACGGCGGCCAGUGCCGUAAGCUGAUGCUGUUCUACAUGCGCUGUUUGCGAGAGAACGCCGACGAUAACUCUGCCUGCCGCGAAGAAUCAAAAGCCUACCUGCAGUGCCGUAUGGAUCACGACCUGAUGGCAAAGGAAGAUUUUGCUAAACUAGGUUACAGUGAGUCGGACAAGCAGAAAUCCGAACAAUCCUAA